AUGGCUGUUUGCCCACGCAUCCUGCAUGACUUCUGCCGUCCAAUGGACAUCGCAGAUUGCUUGUUUGAGGGCACCUUUGUUCCGGGGAUCUUGGACAGAGAUCUGUUUUCAUCCCCUGCUUAUCAUCGCCGGUACUUCGUGGCUCCGUUUGGAAAGGACGACGUUAACCUCGGGAGGUCGCCCUCUCAUGAAGUCAGCUGUACAUCGGACAAGUUCGCUCUGAAUCUCGACGUCAGGAAUUUCGCACCGGAAGAGAUCUCAGUGAAGACGACAGAAAACAGAGUCGAAAUCCAUGCCAAGCACGAAGAGAAAUCCGACGACCACGGCUACGUUCUUCGAGAAUUCACGCGGCGAUAUGCUCUUCCGGAAGAUGUGGACCCUGAGACUGUGACAUGCAACAUGUCUGCCAAGGGAGUUCUCACACUUAAAGCACCGAGGAAGAAAGCCGUCAAAGAAGCAAAGACUAUUCCGAUUGCCGUGGAACACGCGAAGAAAGAUGCCGUGACAGAGAAGUAA